AUGGCAACUACAGGUGUAUUGGAAGCGAUCAAGGUGAUCGAGUUGGUAGAGAUUAUUCCCAAGUAUGAUGGGGAAAGAAGUAAGCUAGACGGAUUUAUAGCUGCGGUAGAACAGAUAUUAGGUUUGAUUAAAGGGGAGGAAAGGUCGAAUGUAGGAGUUAUAGCACUCAGAGCAGUUAGGAGCAAGAUAAUAGGAGCAGCAGAUAGGGUCUUAGAUCUAGAUGAAACAGAGUUAAAUUGGGACCAGAUUAAGAAGAUAUUAGUGUCCCAUUUUAAAGACAAGAGGUCGGAGCAGGACCUAAUAAUGGAAUUAACCCAUAUUAAAGAAAAGAAGUUGGAAUUAGAGGCUUUGUAUACCAAGGUCAUGACAUUGAAAAAGGCGUUGGUGAGCCUUCUUAAGGCUAACGAGCAGAGUAUAAUACUGAAAGGAGAGAAGAUUAAAUGGUAUGAGGAAAUGGCGUUAAAUGCCUUUGUGUCAGCACUAAAAGGUCCGAUAGGGGUGACCAUUAGGAAUAUGGAAGGGCUGAACAUAGCGAAAGCCUAUGAGAUAGCUUGCAGGGAAAAGAACUUGAUAGCCUUGGCAGAAACAAACUCAGAUCAGGGAGCACAGGAGUCAGCGAAGUCGCAAGAUAAGACUACUGAGGAAGUACAGAAACAAGUGGAGAAAGAGGAGCCCCAGACAAUUGAAACCCAAAGGGAAACGGGCUUUUGGUCACAGUACCAGUGGGGUGGUAGUAACCAACCUCCGUUUCCGAUUCCAUUUACCAUGCCAAAUGCGAAUGGAUGGCCUGGAUUUGGGUUCUCAUACCCAAUGAUGGGAAACCCAUUUAGGACAGAUAAUUUUAACCAGCGAGAAGCCUACAAUUAUCAAAGGCCAUAUCGCAAUUAUCAGAAUAGGAAUCAGAGAUGGAAUCAAGGACAGGCAAACAGGGACAGACCAUGGAACAAUUAUGGCCAUAAUACGAGUAGUAACAAUGGCAGGGAGAGAGGUCAGCUAGCAAUUGAAGCCCCAAACAAUACAGGGGGCAGCGGAAGGUCUGGAAUGUCCAGAAAUGUUAAUAAUUCCAAUAAUUCAGGACAAUCUAGGCAGACGUACAAUUCGUACAAUUCAAACAACUCGAACAACUCGAACAACUCAGGGCGGUCUUUCAAUUCAAGUAAUACCUCCGACAGGACGGGUAAUCAAGCGCAGAUCAGGGGACAACUACAUAACAUUCAAGAAGACGAGGCAAAUUUUUCCCAACCAGCCUCGAACAAUCCACAGGAUAUUUAG